AGUACUAUGUCACAGACAACUGGGCAAAAUAAUGGCGGACGAUUCGUAAAGUGACGCAAGCGUAACGUUUUACGGCAUGCGUUUAAUUAUUAAUUUGCAAGGAACGGUUAUUAUUUUAUUACUAAAGAUAUCAAUAAACACAUGACCGAUUAAAGCAGUGCCCGUUUAAGUUUAAAAAUGGCGCGCGAGUUUGAUCAUCUCUUCAAACUACUGAUUAUCGGUGACAGUGGUGUUGGCAAGAGUUGUCUUCUUCUACGAUUCGCCGACAAUACGUUCUCUGGUAGUUAUAUUACAACAAUUGGUGUCGAUUUCAAAAUAAGAACUUUAGAAAUAAAUGGUGAGCGUGUAAAGCUACAGAUAUGGGAUACUGCAGGCCAGGAGAGAUUUAGAACGAUUACAAGCACGUAUUACAGAGGAACUCAUGGUGUCAUUGUUGUGUACGAUGUCACUAAUGGGGAGUCUUUUGCUAACGUCAAAAGGUGGCUCCAUGAAAUUGAACAGAAUUGUGAUGUUGUUAAUAAAGUUCUAGUUGGUAAUAAAAAUGAUUGUCCAUCAAGAAAAGUUGUUGUAACUGAAGAUGCCCAAAGGUUUGCAAGUCAAAUGAACAUACCUUUGUUUGAGACCAGUGCUAAAGAGAAUAUUAAUGUUGAAGAAAUGUUUCUUACUAUCACAAAAAUGGUACUAAAAUCGAAAUUGGAAAUGAAGGAAAGACAAAAUAUCACAGCAAAUGAUACAGUACAUUUAAAGAAGAGUCACAGAAUAAAAAAGAAAUGUUGCUAGUGUCUGCACACAUUGGCACUAAGCCAGGGAUGUCGCUUUAUAAUGCUCAAAUGUUGAGAUGCUGCACAACCCUAGCAGGACUGGUAGUUUGGCCAUGUAAUGUUUACCAAUAAAUAAACCUUCAAAUGCAUAUAGAAUCAUGAAAUGUUGCUACAAAAGGUUUUAUUUUUUAUAAUUUCUAGUGAAUUUUUAAACUUGGUAUUUGUUGAUCUCUUAAGAAUAAAAUGAAAUAUUUUAUUUUAGCCAAGUCUGUUCUGUAUUUAGAUAUUAUUAAAUCAACAAUAGAUUUAGAGCUGGGUUGCACACUCUCAUGGUUUAGGGCAUGUAAGACAUGGAAUCUUUGACUCCAAAUAUUACAAUAAGAUGUUGAAUGCAUAGUUAGAGUAUGAAUGUAUUCCCAUUAUCGAAAUUUAUGUGAUCGAGUGUCAUGUGUUGAGAAAUGUUGUAUAAAUGUAUACCAUUAAUUAAUUUUAAAAUUAUUUUAAUAUUAUUCCAAUUUGUAUUGUUCAGUACAUGCUAUUAACUAGUGUCAUCACAUAGAGAAAAUUAGAACAAUAGUAGUAUUAAAAACUUAUUGUUUUAUGAAAGUAUUAUAUUUAAACAUGUAACAUAAGUUCUUUAUUGGUUGGUUUGAAUGCCAGUUUACCAGGGACCUAAUAAAAUAAUCUCUAACAAAAUAACAUGUUUAUACUUUGAAUCCAGUGUAUAAUAAAGUGAGAUCAUAUUUAUAUUUUUUUAUUUAAAAUUGGCAAAGUAUAAAAUUUAUUGUCUACAAUGUGUAAUAAACCAAAUGAAUGAAUAUGUUACGAAAUGUGUAUUUUUAUGUGUAAUCUUACAAACAUACAUAAGUUAUGGGACAAUUCUUUAAAUAUUUUAUUUAUCCACCAUUAUAAAUUGCCAAAACCUAGAGCUAUUGCACUAUUAUAUUGCUUUCAUUUUUAUUAAGUUUUCUUCUUCCAUUCCAAACUAUCAAUGUACAGUUGGAAACAUUUGACACUUAUGUAAAUGCAUUUUAUUAUUUAAUUAAAUACUCUUUUGUA